AUUAUAUACUCACACUUCCACUCUGUCUCUCUCCCAUUCUUCUUCUUCUUCUCCCCGCACAGCAACUCUUUCUCACCGCCGCCGCCGCACAAUCAGUAAUGGCAAAAAACACCAUACCCGCCGCCGCGGCGCUCCUAGUGGCAGCCCUGAUUCUGGUGAGCAGCAACGCGCAGGCGCCGGCGGAGGGUCCCGGAGCGUUCCCCAUGGCACCGGUGGAGGGUCCCGGAGCGUUCCCUCUGGCGCCGUCAUCGUCGGACGACUGCUUGAACAACCUGCUGAACAUGUCGGACUGCUUGAACUACGUGCAGGCGGGGAGCAACCUGACGAAGCCGGACAAAGGUUGCUGCCCGGAGCUGGCCGGACUGGUGGACAGCCACCCGGAAUGCCUUUGCAAACUGCUGUCUAACCCGGAGGGGAUCAUCGGAGUUUCGAUCGACCUCAACAAGGCCCUCAAGCUUCCCUCUGUCUGCAAAAUUGAUACCCCAUCAGCCUCCUUAUGCUCAGCUAUUGGUAUACCUGUGGGAGCUCCAACACCAUCAAGUGAUGAAGGGAAAACGCAAUCACCUACUGGGCUGGCUGAUGCAUCGAGUCCUGUAGGGAGUCCAGAAGGGUUUCCAUCAAGUCCAUCACCGAAGGGUGACAACAAUAACAAUGCAGCAGCUCCAACAUUUGCAGUCUUUGAUUAUUGCCACUUCCUUGUUGGCAUGGCAGCUAUGCUUUUUGCAACUCUUUUCUAAUUUCAAUCUAUUUUCUUCAUUUAUUUUCCAUUACUAUUAUUGUCUUUUUUUUUUUUUUUUUUUUUUUUUUCUAAAUUAUGCGUGUCACCACAUUUCGUAUUCAUCUGCUAUUGGUAGCAAUAGGGAUUCGUAUUUCCUAUGUAGAAAAUUGGCUAUGAAUAAUGAAUCGAUAUGAUGUUCGGAAUUUCCUCUGUAUUGGUUUCCUUAAUUUCUAUGAUCUAAA